AAAUUGUAUGAACUUGUGGGGUGAAUAGGGCAAAACUAAUUUUCAAAAAAAAGGGAGGUUAGUUUUGUGUUUGACUUUAAGUUGUAGGUCAAUUUUGCAAAAAGCCCUAUAAACAAUUCUAAAUUUUAAAUUGAAAUUUAAUAAAAUUGAAUUGUUUUCGACAUAGAUGAGUGAAUAUAAAUUAUAAGUCAUGAAUUUAACUGGUUAGGAUUUGUAACAUAUGUUCAAGUAAUGUUAGUAUUUUUUAAAUUUGGAAUCUUAAAUAGUUUUUUUUUAAUAAAAAAUUGACAUUUACGUGUUUAAUUUUGCAUAUAUUAAACACUUUAUAAGUUAAUUUUAUGUUUAAUGAUGUGUUUAUUUCUAUCUAGUUAAAAUAUUUGAUUUAACGAUUAAAGGUAGAAGACUUCUUAAAAAGUAUGCUAAAUGCAUACUUCUUUAUAAGUCUUCUUCACAUGUAAAGAAAAUUUAAGGUUAUGAAACGUUUUGAGAAGUCUACUAAACUGUAAUCACUAGCAGAUUUUGUAAGAAGACUUAUACAACGAAAUUUCUUAGGCUCCGACUGGUGACCUUUUCAGGAACAUGAGGAACGAAUAGGAAAUGAACGUAUGAAAAUAAAAUUGCAGGAAUGAAAAGAAUAUGUGUUCCUUAUCAAAUUAACACGAGGAACGAAUAGGAAAGAAACAUAUGGGAAUAAAAUUGCAUGAAUGAAAAGAAAUGUUUGUUCCUUAUCAAAUUUAAUAAGGAAUGCUUUUAUUCUAUAUUUCUCUACAAAAAAGGAAUGGGGAGGAACAAGAAGGAAAAACUAUUCUUUGUGAAUGGUGAUUUUUUUUGGGAACGAUAAAGAAUUCAGUGUUCCCUUUCGUUCAUUGGUCAUCAUUCCAAGCCUUAAUUUGAUUGGAAUUUUGUCUCUUUAUAUAAAAAAAAAAACUCAUUUCCUAUUUUUUUUUUCAAAUGGCUAUAACAAAAAUGUAAUAUUUCUCCUUUUAAAACUCUUCAAUCCAUUUAAAUUGAAGAUACCAAACUUUUUAUCAACUUGAAUAUGUGUUGUAUAAGCUAAAAAUGAUAAUAUGACCAGUUAAUUACUAUAACUCACAGAAAAUAGUUGCUUAGGUGGCCAGGGCUUAACAGACCUAUACUUCUAUGUAUUGAAAUAGACUUUUGUUACAACUUACAACACAUGAUUACAAAUUUAAAAAAAAAAAAUGUUACUUGAAUAUGUGUUGUAUAAGCUAAAAAUGAUAAUAUGACAGUUAGUUACUUUAACUCACAGAAAAUAGUUGCCUAGGUGGCCAGUGCUUUUAACACACCUAAAUGUUUGAAAAAUCAAUCGAUAUAUUUUCUUAAUUAAGAAAAAGAAAUUAAAAACAACGAAUUGACUUCCCAAAAAUUACUGGCUUCAAGAAUCUGGUAAAAACUUUUUACUAUAUAAAUCAUCUCGAUCUAUCCAAAUUUUUUUACUAAAUCAUCUUUGCUUCACAACACAAUAAACAAAACUAUACACUUUGAAUUACACAUUCACGGUACUUAUGGCAGCUCAAGUGUUAAAUAAAACUUAUAGGGCAUUCAUGAUUUUAACUUUAUUUACAAUGAUUUGUUCGAUACAAGUUUCUGAUUCAAUGCCAAGAGAUGUGUGUAUAAAAGAUUGUAUCAUAAAUCAAUGCAUGAAAGCAUCAAAAAAAGCAACUCCAGCAAUUUGUGACAACCCGUGCAAGAUCAUUUGCGAUCCAAUGAAUAAUGAGCGAUACGUUACCCCUAGUCAAGGUUAUCGAAAUCCUGUAAAAAGGUUUUGUGAAACAUUUACUUGGAUAUGUCAGUAACUGGGAAAAUAUUUCUACAACAAAACUGGAAAACUAAGCGUGUAAUUUUUUUAAUGUAUAUUUAUAUGUUAUAUUAUUUGAGCGUGUGAUUUGUUUUUGAUGCAUAAGUUAUAUAUUUAUAUUUGUACCAUUUGAUAUUAAUAUUUUAUAUACCUAUUUUACAAUAAUAUUUCGUGUACCUACAUUCAUAUUUUAUAAAACAAAAAAAUAUUUAACAAUUUAAAUCAUGAUAAAAUUAAUACAAAAAAAAUAUUUAACUAUUCCUUGUGAAUGGUGAUUUUUUUUGGAACGAUAUGGAAUUCAGUGUUCACUUUCGUUCAUUGGUCACCAUUCAAAGCCUUAAUUUGAUUGGAAUUUUGUCUCUUUAUAUAAGAAAAUAAACUCAUUUCCUAUUUUUUUUCAAAUGGCUAUAACAAAAAUGUAAUAUUUCUCAUUUUAAAACUCUUCAAUCUAUUUAAACUUGAAGACACCAAACUUUAUAUCAACUUUUCAUCGUUUUGUCUCAUGUAUUUCUUACCACUUAUCUUACUUUUGUAUGUUUCUGAAUGUUAGAUUCAAAUAAAACAAUAGAUCCAACCUAAUGAGAUUUUAUCAAAAUAAUUUAUUUUAUAAUAAAAAAAUAAUUUUAAUAAUUAGAUUAAACAUAAAUAUUGUUAAUUUAUUAUUAUACAUUUAUUGUAUCUGAUCAUACGUAUUUCACAAAAACACCAAUUUCUAACUCUUAU